GCCGCCGCCGCCGCCCCCGCGCGCAGCCAUUGCGGGCAGGCCCGGCGCUGCGGCCCGUCCGCCCGCGCUGCCCGGCGCGGCCCCGGGGACAUGGUGGCGGGAUGGCCCGGCCCGCCGACACCUUCCCGCUGCACCGCCUCGUCUGGCACAACCGGCACCAGGCGCUGGACAGCGCCCUGCGCUCCGGAACGCACGACGUGGAGCUGACGGACCCCCGUGGCCGGACCCCGCUGGAGCUGGCCGUGUCCCUGGGCCACCUGGAGUCGGUGCGGGUGCUGCUGCGGCACAACGCCAACGUGGGCCGGGAGAACGCCAACGGCUGGACAGUGCUGCAGGAGGCGGUGAGCACGGGGGACCCCGAGAUGGUGCAGCUGGUCCUCCAGUACCGUGACUACCAGCGGGCGACGCGGCGGCUCGCCGGCAUCCCCGAGCUGCUCAGCAAACUGCGCCGGGCAUCUGACUUCUACGUGGAGAUGAAGUGGGAAUUCACCAGCUGGGUGCCGCUGGUCUCCAAGGUGUGCCCCAGCGAUGUGUACCGCGUCUGGAAGCGGGGCGAGAGCCUGCGGGUCGACACCACGCUGCUGGGCUUCGAGCACAUGACGUGGCAGCGCGGCCGCCGCAGCUACAUCUUCAAGGGUGAAGACGAGGGAGCGGUGGUGAUGGAGGUGGACCACGACAAGCAGGUGGUCUACACCGAGACGCUGGCUCUGGCCCUGCAUGAGCCCGACCUGCUGCUGGCGGCCAUGCAGCCCUCGGAGGAGCACGUGGCCGGGCGGCUGACGUCCCCCAUCGUCUCCACACACCUCGACACCAGGAACAUCGCCUUCGAGCGGAACAAGUCAGGGAUCUGGGGCUGGCGCUCGGAGAAGAUGGAGGUGGUCAGCGGCUAUGAGGCCAAGGUGUACAGCGCCAGCAACGUGGAACUGGUCACCAAGACAAGGACAGAGCACCUGUCCGACCAGGACAAGUCACGUAGCAAAGGCUCCAGGACCCCCUUCCACUCCUUCCUGGGCAUCGCGCAGCAACAUGGCACCCACAACGGGGCACCCGUGCUGCAGGCUGCCAGCCCCACCAACCCCACGGCCAUCACCCCCGAGGAGUACUUCGACCCCCACUUCGACCUGGAGACCCGCAACAUCGGGCGCCCCAUUGAGAUGUCCAGCAAGGUGCAGAGGUUCAAGGCAACGCUGUGGCUGUGCGAGCAGCACCCGCUGUCACUGGCGGAGCAGGUGACGCCCAUCAUCGACCUCAUGGCCAUCUCCAACGCCCACUUCGCCAAACUGCGCGAUUUCAUCACCCUCAAGUUGCCCCCUGGCUUCCCUGUCAAGAUCGAGAUUCCCCUCUUCCACGUGCUCAACGCCCGCAUCACCUUCAGCAACCUCUGUGGGUGCGACCAGCCGCUGGGCUCCGUGCGGGUGUGCGCCCCUACCCAGCCCCCAGGUGCCCACCCCCCUGGCACCCAGCCCCCUGGUUCCAGAGGCUGGCCCUUCCCGUGCGAGGUGGAGGCGGGGGUGUUCGAGGUGCCAGCAGGGUACACGGUGCUGGGCGCGGGGCGCAGCGAGCCCCUGCGGGACGAGGACGACGACCUGCUGCAGUUCGCCAUCCAGCAGAGCCUGCUCGAUGCCGGCACUGAGACUGACCAGCCCCACCCCCCGCAGGUGACCAUUUGGGAGGCGCUGACCAACACCCGCCCCGGCGCUGACCCGCCGCCCUACGACGAGGCCCUGCAGCUGGAGCGGGCCCUGCAGGAGAGCAUGCUGCUGCAGGCGGGCCCCAGCACCGACCCCCCGGCAGCCGGGACCCCCCCCGGGGCAGGCGGUGGUAGCCCCCCGGCAUCCUCCGGCUACAGCAGCUUUGCGGAGCAGCUGCGGCUGGCCAUGGCACUCUCGGAGCAGGAGCAGGAGGAGCAGGAGCGACGCCGGCGUGAGGAGGAUGAGGAGCUGCAGCGCAUCCUGCGCCUCUCCCUCACCGACAAGUAGUGCCGGGGUGCUCGUCACGGGGACAGGGACAUCCCACCGGGAGGACACCCCACGCAGGGACAAGGGACGCCCCACUGGCACUGCUUCACCCAGGGACCGCCAGGCACAGCCUCACACGGGGACACCCCGGCGUGGGCACCAUCCUGUACUGGGACACCCCAACACGGGCACAGCCGGUGCCGGGGUGGCACCCCCGUGCCAGGGACCCCCCUGAUGUGGGCACAGUUCCCACACGGGGGGAAUUGAUCCAGGGAUCCUCCUACCCCCAGGACCCCCGAUCCAGGGAUCCUCUCCUGUCAGACUCAAACCUUAGCCCAGGGACCCUGAUCUGGGGACCCCUUACCCCAGGGACACCUCUAUCCCCAGGACCCCCACCCUAGGGACCCCCACCCAAGGGAUCCCCCUCCUCUUCAGUGUUGUACAUUGACCCCAUGAGGGGCAGGACGGACCUGGGGGUCCCCGUGGGAGGUGGCUGACCCCAAUGUAAAGGCACCCCACUGCGGGGGCUGUGAGGCCAGGCAGGGACCCCCAGGCCUCAUUCCUCGGUAGGGGGGGGCUGGGGGUAUGUAUGUACAUAUA